AUGCCGCCCUACAACCAGGUGCAGCGUUUGUCAAAGGAAAUUGCGAGUACGAAGCAAUCAUUGAAACGAAUGCGUCGUGCAGUUUCCAACCUGUUUCUGACAGCUCGGCGGAUUACAGUUGUCCUGGCCAUUUACAUACUGUCGGAGUAUGACAUCGGGGCAGCUCGGGCCUAUGUUCGUUUCGCCCACCGUCAAAAGCGUUCCAAGGCCGAUGCACACACUGAGUACACUGACGCCACAUUAGAUGCCCGCAUUGAAGAGUGGUAUCUCGAAGCGGCUCCCCACAAACUAGUUCAGCUUCAAGACCCAGGACCCGUACGUCGGGAAGCUGUUCGAUUCCUGGCGCAAACUCAGACGUUUUUAUGGGUGUCUAAGCAAAACGAGCGCGGCAUGGCGCCCACAUCCGCUGCCACAGCAUCGGUGUUUGCGCAAACUUGCCAGAAAUUUGGAGUGUUGGAGCAUGCCUUGGUCAGAUCAAUCCACAACAACACGAUUUCACACCAACAUGGUCGCCGUCUGCGCAAAUGGGCAAAGCAAUAUCGUGCAAGAUUCCAUCUACGCUUCGGUGUAUUGAAGAGCGGACCAGUUCCAGGGCCAGUUGAGGAGUCGGCGCAAGGCCGCUUGGCGGCAUUUUGGUCCGCUUUUGCGCUCCCGAAAAUGAAAAUGGUUGUGAAGUUUUUGCAGUGGGUUUCGUGGCUUCGAAGCAGAGUUCCGGCGGGCAAGCAAGCUGUCUUGAUCAACGUGGACGAAACGAGCAUAUCUCUAGCACGGCCAGGCCUAAAAGGCAACAUCGUGUCCGGAAAGUACCCCUUGCAGCCGAAGAGAAAGCAUACAAGGGGUGCUGUGACCCAUGUGGCGAGCAUUUGCAACCGAUCCGACAUCCAGCCCUGUCUUCCGCAAUUGAUUUUGAGCAACACACAUGUUGUGAGUCUAAAGCUGGCGAAGUCGUUGUUACCGUUGCAGCCGAAAGCGGUUCGGUUGGUACGGGGCAAGACUGGGUGGAGUACAGCUGCUUCCUUCGUGGAGUACUUGAAAAUGCUUCGAGACGCAUUGUCAUUCUGGCCAGACAUUCAACCCAUCCUGGUGAUGGAUUGUGCUCCAGCACAUCUUGCUGACUGCGUGAUAGAAGCUGCCAACAAUCAAGACUUCUUUACAGCUGUUUGUCCCGCCGGGCUCACCCCUCUCCUUCAACCGCUAGAUGUAUAUUGUUUCCAGGGGUACAAACACUAUUUCGCAGAGAAAACCAGACAUGUGGAAGACUUUUCCAUGUUCUCAUGGAUGCAAAUACUGUUUGGGGCUUGCACCACAUAUCUGAGCCGUCGAAGUUGGAAGUCUGCUUUUGGCCGGCUUCAGCUAACGGAUGAGCAAAUGCCUGUGUCUCGGGGCUUGCGGGAUGUAUUUCCUGCUGUUUGCCAACGUUGGAGCCGCAGAUGCCCACCCAUGAAGAUCUUCAGAACAUGUUUCCGACGCGCCAUAGAUUGA